ACAAAAUUUUGCCAAUAGACAAAUUUGAAAAACCAAAAACCAAUAGCAAUAGCAAAUUGCCCAAAAAUGCACAAAACCUGGAAGAAGUCGCUGCAUAAGCGCAAAGUUUGGUCCACUAUAUCAUGGGGCGGUCGCUUGGUUUACUAUAUGCAACCGCUUGUGGAGCAUUUCUUUGAUAUUUGGCUACAACAAUUGCCGUUUCCAACGCUGCUCAAAUUUGUUUAUUCCUGCUGCCUGCUGUUCUUCAUACUGCUGCCAAUCAUAUAUCCCAUGAUGGUGAUCGGCCUCUAUUAUAGCAUAUUUCAGUAUGUGGGCGAGCGGCACUUGGAUGUGGUGUUUCCACAGAAAUGGGAUCUCGUUGGGGCCAUUCAAAAUCUGUGGCACUUUCAGGUGACGAACAAGAAGUAUCUGCUCUUUGUUACCAUGUAUAUUGAUCGAUAUCGUGUGAUCAUAACGGCAAUAUCCUCAACUGUCGACUAUAUGCGCAUGGCCUGGUGCUUUGCUUUCUAGUAUAUUUUCUAUAUAUGGUGCUAUAAUUAUUUUUGCUUCAAUUUGCAGUGCAAUUG